AUGGAUUACAUCUCGAGAAGGACUAUAGAUUUAUUGUAUUAUCCAGAUAUUUUACUAUCUCGAAGUACAACAGAAAAAAAGAUGAGCGAUAAAGUCUCCAACGAUAAUAAUACAAAAGCUAAUUCAAAAAAUAAUGCUAACAAUACGAACCAUUUAACGGAUGAGCAGAAAAAAGAAUAUGAGAAAUUGAAACAAGAUUUGAAGAAGUCUUUGAAGAAGAGGAAUGCUUUAGAGGACGAAUUCGAUAAAUUGAAUCAAGAAAUAUACGAAAAAGAAACAGAAUAUUUAUCAAAUAGUACAACAGGAGUUACAAGUUACCAAUCCCACGGUAACCAAGUAAAGACACAUUAUUGGGGGAAUAUCGUUAAAGGUUUUGAAGGUUUUUCAAAACCACACGGUCACGAUUCAAACAAUGCAUUCACAAAGGAAGAUAGAAUAUUUUCGUUAAGUAGCAUACAAUACACUAAACAACCGGAAGCACUAGAAAAAUAA